CCGCUGAAUCACAGGCCAGCGCACACCUGAGUCCUCACACCUACCUGCCUGACCACUGUUCAAGCCAGGGGCCCAGUGUCUGGUGAGGUCAUACAUGUUGAUCCUCCCAGAAAAGCAGCUGCCCAGCUGCCCUUACCCUGUCAGUCCCGGCAAAGGCCAAGCUGGAUGUAGCCUGGGCUCUGUGUCCCCUGACAGGAGGCACAGGUCCCUUUGUGAACAGCAGACCAGCCUGGGAGCUGGCAGCAGGACACCUGAGUCUGCAUGCUGAAGAAGAUGGGUGAGGCCGUGGCCAGAGUUGCAAGGAAGGUCAACGAGACGGUGGAGAGCGGCUCUGACACCCUGGACCUGGCCGAGUGCAAGCUGGUUUCCUUCCCCAUCGGCAUUUACAAGGUCCUGCGGAAUGUCUCGGACCAGAUCCACCUCAUCACGCUGGCUAACAACGAGCUCAAGUCCCUCACCAGCAAGUUCAUGACCACGUUCAGUCAGCUCCGAGAGCUCCAUCUAGAAGGAAACUUCUUACAUCGUCUCCCCAAUGAAGUCAGCAGCCUGCAGCACCUCAAGGCCAUUGACCUAUCCCGGAACCAAUUCCGAGACUUCCCAGAGCAACUCACCACACUGCCAAUGCUGGAGACUAUCAACUUGGAGGAGAAUGAGAUCACAGAUGUGCCCGUGGAGAAGCUGUCCGCCAUGCCAGCCCUGCGCACCAUCAACCUCCGCUUCAACCCCCUGAGCGCUGAGGUGCGCGUCAUCGCCCCGCCACUCAUCAAGUUUGACAUGCUCAUGUCUCCGGAGGGUACCCAAGCCCCUCCACCUUAGGCAACCUUAUUUGUGCCCACCCAGCAAGGGCCAGAGGCCAUUGGCCUGGCACCCUGGAGGAGGGUGGCCCCUAGGCCCAUGGGAGUCUGAGCUUAGGGGAACGGGGGGUGGGCCAGACAGCGUGUGGCGGGAGGGUGCUGCCGCUGGCCCAGGGCAGCUAGCUUAGAGCCAUAGUGGGCCUUGGACCACCCCGAGGGCAGAGGUGAAGUGGUGCUGGCUGCUUACAGACUCUCUGAGCCUUGUCACAUGGGAGGAGAGGUGGCAGCCGAGAGCCUUUUCUUCUUGGACUCCUUGGAGGUUUAAUCAGGUACCUUGAGCCCAAGCAAAAGCGCUGCUGAGCAUUUUCUGGGCCCCUUGGGUUGGAAGCUUUGUUUCUAGGGCUGAGAGCCAGUCACUGCCCUGAGAGGAGAAGACGACAACCCCCAUGUAUUUAUUACUUUCUGACCACUGAACCCAAUGAGGCCCUUCCCGGGGUCCUACCCCAAACACUAUGGGUCCCUGGGCUGGCGAAGGCCUGAACCAGGAGUCCUGGGCAUGCAGGGAGAAGGGAGCUCUGCAUAGCAGGGCGAGAAUGUCUGUGAAGGAACUGGGACCCAGGGAGAAAACCAGCACUGCUCUGUCUUCAUGAAGAGAACUGUGGGACCCCGAGUGCUCUUCCCUCCCCCAGAGAGUGGCCAGCUAUGCCUGCUCAUCCACCCCGAGACACAGGAGGUGGCCCAGAGAAAACAAAGCCAUGGUCCCUUGUGAUGGUCUCCGUGUGGCUGCAGCCUGGCAGCUGUGUCAUGGCCCCUGAGGGCGGAAGAUGCUGAACCACUGAAUUUGUAGCCAGCCGGUUCCAAGGCCGCUUCUGAAGUCCCUGAUGACCCAGCUGUUUCAAGGCCCUCACCCGGAGUGAAGGGUGUUGCCAGGCAGCGUGGUGACCAGCCAUCCUGUUUUGCCUGAGACUGGGAGGUUCUCAGGAUGGGAGACUUCUAGUGCUAAAGCUGGGACAGGUAGGGGUGGCUGAUGCCCUCCCAGAAGAGUCCUGGGGCUUUUGCUUUCUGGUAAAACCUGCACUUUGAAUCCCUAGUAUCUACCUCCUAUGUCUCACCUGUGGAGCAAGUGACUCCAAGCACCCCAGGUCACCUGGUCUGUAUCUCUGUCUAGGUCUGGAGAGGCCACUGAGACCUCAGAUGGGCAGAGCUGGGCACUUCAUCGCCCCUAGGUUUAGGCUGUCCAGAGCUCAGAGCAGGAGCCCCAUCUCAGAACACCCCAUCCCUGCCCUGACCCCACGUCUCUUUUCCUCCCAGGUCUCCUGUGUCUGGGCAAGGGGCUGAAAGGUUGGACACUGAUUAGCCCCUGUCACUCAGUACUCCAUGUCCCAAGUGAGACCUUGUUCCUACCAUGGCCUGGUUGGCCAAACUCUGGAGGAAGGGCUUUCUGGAUGAGGCGGUCAGGCAGGGCUUCUAGGAUCACUGAGUUCAGCUAUGAACACCGAGGGCAUGGGAGGCUCGAGUGCAGUCUGGACUGGGCUGGCCCCACCCACUCUACCUGGAAUGGGGUUUCCUUAUUGAGGAAGAGCCUGCUGCUCUGGGAAAUGUGCAGCCACCGAAUGGCUGCAGCCUUGCAAAGGGAAGCCUGGUCAGUGAAUAAGCAACUGCAGCAUCACUGGGGAGCCUGUUAGAAAGAGCAUUUCGGGCCUCCUUGCAGCCUCCUGAGUCAGAACCUGCAUUUUAGCAAGGUCCCCAGCUGACCCCAACAAGUACUUUCUACUUUGAAAAUCGAGGGCCGGGGGGUAAUCUGGGAAGCUCUUGGAGUGGAUGGUGAAGGCUCUUAGCUUUCCCUGCUACCUGCAGGCACCUGAGUCUAUGAUCAGCCGCCUCCUAACCUGGCCAAAGAGACCUUGGCCUCUUAGAUCUUUCCAGUUUGCAUGACACUCUCCAUGAAGGGAGUGACCGCAGCCUCAAGGAUAUAGGGGCUGGAGCAUACGAGGCCCUCUAAUCCUGCCUCUCUGCUUCACACAAGCCUCCUGUUUCCUGGGUCUUCACCCCAGGUCCUCUGAACGGGUUGCUGUUGGAAGUUGUUUUCUCCUCUGCUUGGGCAGAUUGCCCUAGCCUCUUUUGAGGAAGCCUGGGAAGGUAGAGAAGCCCCCCAAUCCAGGCUUCCAGUGUGAGUGAGCCCCCUAGCUUUAGCCUGCAAUAAAGAAUGUGUUGGUUUCA